UGUUUAAUUAUUUAACGGCGGCUGUACUAUAGCAGUAUUUAUCCUGAGAUGAGUGAAAGGCUCUUUGGAGAGCUCUCUUUGACUCGUAUUUUGAUUAGAGGUAGCCUGGGUUAAAAGGUUCAAGAAAAGUUUAAGUUACAGUCCAAGUUUUGAAUUUUUGAUUCGACUGCUUGACGCAAUGUACAGCUCACUUCAGAAGAGUCUACGUGCAGCAUCAAAACACCUUCAGCUGCUCCAAAAUGUCAAAAGCCACGUGCCAAAAGCGUACAAUAGUCACGUUGCGGCUGUGAACCUGCUGGACCACUGUUUAGAGCUGCAUUACAAUGGGACCAGUAUGCAUCUUAACUACGUGUGGCUGCGGGAUCACUGUCGCUCAGAGUCCUCGUUCAAUGCAAAAACAAACCAGAGGGAACUUGACUCUGCAAGUAUUGACCUGGAUAUUCGCCCUGUUAGUACCAAAGUGGAGGAUGGUCGUCUGCUUCUUAAAUGGCCCGAUGAUCAUGUGACGAGCUAUGACCUGAACUGGCUCUCUGAGAACAGCUAUGAAGGAAACAGAAAGAGCACUGUGCAGCCCCGUGUACUAUGGGACUCCGACACUUACAACAAAGCCAACGUGCCCCCCGCCAAAUGGGACAAGAUCAUGAAUUGUGACAGUGAACUCAAGCGCUUCCUUCAGAACUACCUCCUGUUUGGGGUCGCAUUUGUACAGGAUGUCCCAGCUACAGUGGAGGCCACAGAGGAGGUUACACAGAGGGUCAGUCUCAUCAGAGAGACCACCUAUGGACGAAUGUGGUGCUUUACCUCUGAUUUUUCCCGUGGAGACUCUGCAUACAGCCAGCUAGCCCUCGACCGCCACACUGACACCUCAUAUUUUCAUGAACCUUGUGGGAUUCAGGUGUUCCAUUGUCUCAAACAUGAGGGAACAGGAGGAAGAACAUUACUGGUGGAUGGCUUUAACGCAGCUGAAAAACUUCGAGAGAAUUCACCAGACAAUUUUAAACUCCUCACACAAAUUCCCAUCAAGCAUGAUUAUGUUGAAAAUACAGGUAACCACAAAAACCAUAUGAGAGGCAUUGGACCACUGCUGGAAGUCUAUCCUUGGAACAAAGAGCUUUACAUGAUCAGAUACAACAACUAUGACAGAUCAGUGAUAAACACCAUCCCUCACAAUGUGAUCCAGAGCUGGUACAUCGCACACCGAGAGCUGACCACCGAACUGAGGCGACCCCAAAACGAGCUAUGGAUCAAACUCAACCCAGGAACUGUUGUAUUUAUUGACAACUGGCGUGUGAUGCAUGGGAGGGAGUCUUUCACUGGUUUGAGGCAGUUGUGUGGGUGUUACCUGACCAGAGAUGACGUGCUCAGCACAGCGCGAGGACUUGGACUGCAGGCCUAAACCUCAAACACAACAGGAUUUUUUAGGAAAUUAAUUCAUUGAUUCAUCCAUGGACAUUCUGAAACUUCUGAAAAAAGCUGCUAUUCAU